AUGCCGGCGGUGAGUGACCGACACCCGCGCACCGGGGGCGCGGGUGGAGCGGGGCCCAAGUCUUCAGAGACCAGGCACUGGUUCCAGCUUCAAUCACUAAUUAUUGAUGCAUCAAAUAACAAAGGAUUUCAGAAGAUAAAAGAAUUUUUUGAAGAGAAAGAGAGCUACCUUCCUCAAAAAUAUAAUCAUCUUCUGUUACACCAUCUUGACAGAUCAAUAAAUAAGGAACUGGAUAAAAAUGAAUUUCAGUAUGUUUCACUGUUGCUGAAAUGUAUUCAGCAAUUCUUCACAGAUGACCCCAAGGAAAAGGAACCCUUGCUAAUUCAGCAGGGACUGAUCUUGAAGCUGGUUUCCUGGUUUGAGAGAACAGUGGGAUUUCUGACCAUAGAAGAUGUAGCCUCAGAUGUUUCACUCACUGACGUUUUAGAGGACUUCUUUGACACUGUGCUGAUUAUUUCCAGGAGUAGUAGUGAAGGGAAAAUCCAGAUGUUGGAUUCCUUCAUACUCAGCUUGGGAUUCCUGGUAAUAGAAAAAACUGUAAAGUUCUCGAUUCAACAGGAGGCUCUGAAGACUAUGAACUACAUUUUGCAUGGUGUGUCUUCUGCAGAGAGAAGAAAGUUCCCUUUGUCGGAAGGCACGUGUCAUCUUAUGAAGAACCUGGCAUGGACAAUCUUGACUGUGGGUGAUUAUGACCAGCAGGUCACUCUCACGGAGGCGCUGUGUAGGAUGACGACUAGAACAUCCAGGCGUGACCUUGUCCAUCAGUGGUUUGAUGAUGAGGUCCUUGCUGAAGCUUUCAAGAAAAUUAGGGAUCGAGAAUUUGAGACGGAUAGUCGACUCUUUCUCAAUCACCUCAACAACAGACUUGGUGAGAAAAGAAGGGUCUAUUCAUUUCCGUGUAUUGCUGCUUUUGCUGAUGAGCAUGAGAUGAGAAAACCAGCAGAUGAAAAAUUAGAGAAAUUUUGGAUUGAUUUCAACCUCGGAAGUCAGAGAGUAACUUUUUAUAUACACAAUGAUGAGAGUGCUCUGUGGGACCCAGUAAGAAUUUUGAAGGAAGGAGUUGUUAACUUCAGAGUAAUAGAAACUGAGAAGAUAAAAAUACUCAUCAUUUACCUGAAGCAGCCCAUUAUUAUCAGCAAGAAAGGAGUGAUGAAAGUAGAAAUCCAUUUUGAUCUGCAGUUCAGUAUAUCCCAAACUUCUGUCCAAGCUUUGGGAGAAGACAAACAGAUGUUGCCCUAUCAGAUGAAAAUAGCCUCGGAACUUAGUAAGUUUGAGAAAGCAGAGCGUGAGAUUCUCCCUAGCCAAGAAAGUGCAACAGAACAUGCUGAGGAAUCCACCAACCUGGCCGAGCUCAUGAGUGCUGGAGAUGACCGUCACCUGAAUGGCCAGUCUGAGCCUCCCCACAAAAAUACAGCUGAUAAAUCACCUGAGAAACUGAAACUGGAUGACACGCAACAAGAAGUUACCUCAAAACAUGAGUAUUCUUCAGAUGGAAAAGAACCGUCCACUCCAAUUCAGGCUCCUAACUUAGACAACAAAUCCAGGGAAGAUCCUGCUUUCGAGAGUGGCAGAAAGCAAAGGAGAAGGAUGUCGUUUAAUUACAGGAAACAUCUUUUCUCUGAGAGUAAUCAAGAUUCAAGUUCUUCUACCAGUGAACAAUCUUGGAGCAGUAACCACAAAAGGAAAUCCCUAAAGCCAUAUUCCAGUAGGAGUAAGACUAGAGUCAGAAGCAGUUUAAGAGUCUUGCCACAUUUCCUUUUCAGUAGUGGCAGUGACCAUGAGAAAGAUCAAGCUAAACUUCUGUCACCAGUACGGGAAGACAUUGAUAGGCAAAAUGCCACACUUCCAAAAAUUUCUGAAACUGAACCCCAGCGUAGCCCUUCCUUUUUAACUCCUGAAGAUUCUACACAGAAAAUAGAAUUCCCAAAUCCCCACCCACUGAGUGAUCUCUCUUCCUUGGAGCACUCAGAAGUUGAAGAAGAUGUAUCUCAGACUGUGAACCAAGAGUCGUUAAUGGAAAAUACUAGCUUCAAACAUAAGCUGCAGAACUUGGAAGACAGAGGCGUCCCAGAUGGGAGUUUUGCUUUGCCAAAACAAUCAAGAUUAGAAGACGCUGCUCAGGGAGCCUCCGGCUUGGCAGGCAUUUCUACUCCAUCUCUGGAAUAUGUGCCUGAGAACUUGAAUGUUUCUGCCAUUGUCACAGCCUUGGAAAACUUCACCGGAGAAAUGAAAAGAAAAUACGAGUUCAGGUACAGUGAGAGUCCUCUUUCAGAAAAGGCAAAGAAAACACCGAAUUGCAUAAUAAAACUUUUAAACCUGAUACACUUCUGCAAACUCAAUAAGCUACAGCACUUUCACGAUUUUGUUCUCCAAGAGUUGAGCAAUCUUGAGAAGGAUAUUCAGGCUCUAAAACACCUUGAGAAGGAUAUUUUGGAAUUUUUGGGGAAACAGUUUGAUGAUCUGAAAUCAUUCUGUGAUGAGCAAGUGCUGAGGCUAAAUCCCACAGAGCCUUCAUAAGGAAAACCAAAGGCCGGUUUUAUUAUUGCAUCCUGCAGUCUGAACCACCUGAAGAAGAUGAUAAAAAUGUCUUUGCCAUUGGCUGAAACCACAGAAGCCAUACUGUAAAGCUCUGUGCUCAUUCUGUUUGCUCCACCUGGGAACUCUUGACUUAGAAUAAAA